AUGUCUGCCAUGGUUGAGGUGUGGAAGGGGGAGCUGACAAAGCUGAGGGAGAAAGUUUUGGCCCGUAAGAGCUUCUUUCGCAAAGGCAAAGAGGGAGCAGGAGAUGAACAUGCAGUUGAAAAGGAGGUUCUUCAGAAAGAUAUCAUGGCUGUUCAGAGAGACACUACUAUCUCAGAAGCAACAGUGUACAAAAGGACCAAAUUGGCAUGUGGGAAAGCAUAA